CGUCAUAUGUUUGUUUCUUUUAUUCCAGAGUUUCUAGGCAAUAUAAGCAAUUAAGGACUUAACUUAAGGCAUGUCUAGUGUGAGAUUAUGUGGUUUGAAGCCGUGUCUAUUUCGUCGAAAAUCAAGUUCUUUUGAGUCAAUGAAAAGUUCUACAUCACCAAAGAAGUCUUCAAAGGCUUAUAAUAAUGGGAAGGGAGAUUCAAAGGAGUGGUCAUUUGUAGGUAUGGAUCAAUUGGUUUUAAUGAUGAAAGUUCAUAAGAAAAUCUUUGUCUUUAGAGACAUCAUGGACCUUGCUCCUUUGCACACUUCUGCUUCCUUACGUGAGAUGGUUAUUACAACAUUGGAGGAUCUACAAAGGCUUUACCCAGGGAUCAUACCAAUCAAGAAAGUCUCAUAUAUUAAGGACAAGUCUAUAGAUCAGGGCUUGGCCUACUUCUGUGAGGCUUUAAAGUCUCUUGGAGAGUCAUGGUUGAUGAACAAUGAUUUUAUGGAUAACAAAAGUUGUGAGUUACCAAUACCAUCAUGUAAGGACAACACCAAUAUGCAACAAUUGGGUGAAACUAUGUUAGUUAUACUUGAUUGUUUGAUUAAGAUUGCAAGUGAGAAAUUUGAUAUCAUGGAAGAAGAUGCUCCAAGGAAAAUUUUCAGCUCCUCCAACAUUUUAGAUAUCACAUCUUCUCCUGUCACACCAAAAUCUGUUCUUACAGAAUCAAUUAAAUAUCCUGCCAAUCCAAUAUCUAGUACCUCAACACUUUGGUCUCUAAGAAUUGAAGCUGUUGGAAAGCUAAGUCCAAUUGAUUUAAAACGUUUAUCUUACCAUAUGUCACCACAACUCAUGGAAACACAAGAUAAUAAGAUAGAGAAAUUGGACACAUCAAAGGAUCUUGUUAUUGACUUAGACACAAAUGAAAAAAUGGACACAUCAAAGGAUCUUGUUAUUGACUUAGACACAAAUGAGAAAUUGGACACAUCAAAGGAUCUUGUUAUUGACUUAGACACAAAUGAGAGAUUGGACAAAACAAGUAAUGAUCAUGAAAAAGCAUAUAUUCCUCAAGCAAUGGAAGAAGUGGAUGUUACCUCUCAGACUGAUCUCAUGAUUGUUAACAGUCCUACCCUGCUACUAAAAACACAAGAGCCUAUACCAUCAUCACCUACACCACUUGUGGUGCAGCCAAAUGUGACAAUGCCGCCGCCGCCACCACCACCACCUCCUCCACUUCCACUAUCAACACCACAAUUGCAACAAAGUCAAGUGGAAGUUAGGAUGCCACCACCACCACCUCCUCCGGCGCCAUUGUCACUAGGUUUAGGCCUAGUAGCACCACCUCCACCACCAUCCAUUCUCUUGAAACCUGGAUCCGCUCCUGCUCCUCCACCACCAAUGCCACGUGGAAACGGAGGUGGUGCGCCACCUCCGCCUCCACUCGGAGCAGGGAGAUCCUUAAGGCCUAGAGCAACUACAAAACUGAAAAGAUCAACACAAUUAGGCAAUCUGUAUCGAACUCUGAAGGGAAAAUUAGAAGGGACUAGCCUCAAAGGAAAAUCUUCUGGUGUGAGAAACACUGCAGUUGGAGCAAGAAACCCUGGAGGAAAACAAGGAAUGGCUGAUGCUCUAGCAGAGAUGACAAAAAGAUCAUCUUACUUUCAACAAAUAGAAGAAGAUGUUCAAAGGUACACAAAACAAAUCAUAGAACUGAGAUCUUCUAUUACCAAUUUCAAGACAAAUGAAAUGAAAGAAUUGAUCAAGUUUCACAAUGAUGUUGAAUCUGUUCUUGAGAAUCUAACUGAUGAAUCACAGGUUUUAUCACGGUUUGAAGGUUUCCCCUCCAAAAAGCUAGAAGCUAUAAGAAUGGCAGCAUCACUCUACCAAAAAUUGGAUUCUAUACUUAAUGAGCUUCAAAAUUUGAAUAUAAUUUCACCAGUGAAUCAAGUCCUUGACAAAGUUGAACGUUAUUUCAAUAAGAUCAAAACAGAAUUAGAUACUUUGGAGCGAACGAAAGACGAAGAAUCGAAGAAAUUUAAGAGCCAUAACAUCGAAUUCGAUUUCUACAUCCUUGUAAAAAUUAAAGAAGCAAUGGUAGAUGUUUCCUCCAAUUGCAUGGAGUUAGCACUAAAGGAAAGGCGCAUUAAUAAUGUUGGAACAAAUUCAAAUGGUAGUAAAGAUGGGAAAAGAAAGGAAUUUGGUAAGUUACUUUGGAGGGCUUUUCAAUUUGCAUUUAGAGUUUAUACAUUUGCUGGUGGACAUGAUGAUCGUGCUGAUAAGCUUACAAGAGAAUUGGCUAUGGAAAUUGAUAGUGAACCAAAUCAACCAUAACCAUAAUCUACCACAAAGAUUCUUAUCAAUAUUAAUAAAAAUAAUCAUGUAAUAUAUAUAUACAUGUGCAUGUGUGGAGUAAAAAACUGACAUGUACUUAGAUUCCUAUAUGUUUUUUGUUUUAUUUAUAAAAUAGUCGAUCCAUUUUUGUAUGUGUAAUUGUUUUCUUUUAUGACAAAAUUAAUAUAUUGAAAAAAUUGGAGAUUAAGGU